GCUCAAACUGCUUUCACUCAAAGUGAAACUGAACCAGUCGUUGUGACACGAAGCAGAAAUGGCGCAGAAAGGAGUUCAGCCGGAUCAGGAAACAUUUUCCUGUUCAGUCUGUUUGGAUCUACUGAAGGAUCCGGUGACUAUUCCCUGUGGACACAGCUACUGUAUGAGCUGUAUUAAAAACUACUGGGAUGGAGAAGAUAUGAAGAAGAUCCACAGCUGCCCUCAGUGCAGAGGGACCUUCACACCCAGGCCUGUCCUGGAGAAAAACACCAUGUUGGCAGUUUUAGUGGAACAGCUGAAGAAGACUGGACUUGAACCUGCUGCUGCUGAUCACUGCUACGCUGGAGCUGAAGAUGUGGUCUGUGAUUUCUGCACUGGGAGGAAACUGAAAGCUGUCAAGUCCUGUCUGGUGUGUUUGGCUUCUUACUGUGACAAACACCUUCAGCCUCAUUAUAAUGUGACUCCGUUAAAGAAACACAAGCUGGUGGAUCCGUCAGAGAAGCUCCAGGAGAAUGUCUGCUCUCGCCAUGAUGAGGUGAUGAAGAUGUUCUGCCGCACUGAUGGUCAGUGUAUCUGUUAUCUGUGCUCUGUGGAUGAACAUAAAGGCCAUGACACAGUCUCAGCUGCAGCAGAAAGGACUGAGAGGCAGACAAAGCUGGAGGUGAGUCGACAGAAAAUCCAACAGAGAAUCACAGACAAACAGAAAAAUGUGAAGGUGCUCCAACAGGAGGUGAAGACCAUCAGACGCUCUGCUGAUGAAGCAGUGGAGAAGAACGAUAAGAUCCUCACUGAGCUGAUCCGACUGAUGGAGGAAAGAAGGCGUGAUGUGAAGCAGCAGAUCAGAUCCAAGGAGGAAACUGAAGUGAGUCGAGUCAAAGAGCUGGAGUUGAAGCUGGAGCAGGAGAUCACUGAGCUGAGGAGGAAAGAUGCUGAGAUGGACAAACUGUCACACACACAAGACCACAACCAGUUUUUACUCCAGUAUCCAUCAGCGUCCAAACUCAGAGAAGAUCCAGACUCAUCCAACAUCGACAUCCGUCCUCGGAGUUACUUUGAGGAUGUGACGACAGCUGUGUCAGAGCUCCGAGAUAAACUACAGCUCAGUCUGACAGUGGAAUGGGCCAACAUCUCACUGAGAAUCACUGAAACACAGGUUUUACUGAUUAAACCUAAACCACAGACCAGAGCAGAAUUCUUACAAUAUUCACAUAAAAUCACACUGGACCCAAACACAGUGAAUGAACAUCUGUCACUGUCUGAGGAGAAUAAAAGAGUAACACAUACUGGUCAAAAACAGUACUAUCCUCCUCAUCCAGACAGAUUCAGCAACUUGUAUCAGGUCCUGAGCAGAGAGAGUCUGACUGGUCGAUGUUACUGGGAGGUGGAGUGGAGUGGGGAGGGCAUUUGGGUCACAGUCGCAUAUAAGAAUAUUAAGAGAGAAGGAAACUCUGCUGAAUGUGCAUUUGGAUACAACAACAAAUCUUGGGCUUUACGUUGUAACAAAAACCCUGUAUUUCGGUACAACGGGGUCGAGUCUCCCGUCUCAGGUCCAGUUUCGUCCAGAAUCGGAGUGUACCUGGAUCACACAGCAGGUAUUCUGUCCUUCUGCAGUGUCUCUCAAACCAUGACUCUGAUCCACAGAGUCCAGACCACAUUCACUAAACCUCUGUACGCUGGAGUUUGGCUUUCGCAUUGGAAGGCUGGCGUCACUGCCCACUUUCCUAAACUGUAAACCAGUAAACUCAUCGUUGACUUUGAUCCAGUUGAUCAGAUCAGUCUUCAUUAAUCUGUUUCUAAACCACCUGACAGAAAAACAGAUCAGCUUCUUUUUUCAUGAACUCACAAUACAGAUUUGGUCCUAAUCAGACUUUUUCCCGAGGAUUCUAAUAGUCAACUCUAUGCGACUAUCAACCAGCCAAUAGUCUGUUUAUAAAACCAUCUCUGAUGUUCACAGAGCUGUCAUUAACUGAGGACGACGCAACAAGACUUUCAUCAUGUCUGUGUUUUUAAAAAGUAAAACAAAGUGGUGCCGUUUUUCUACUUUGGAGGAGUUUAGUUCAAAUCUAGAGUUCUUUUCUGUUUCCUAAAGAAGAAGCAUUGACAUGGAUUUGGAGACAGUGAUAGAAGUGGAAAUAAUGAACAAACUUAGACCGAGGCUGAGUUCAUGUAUGUAAACCUGUUAAUCAGAUUUAGUUCAUUCUGUACAUGUGUAAGAAAAAAAAGAAAAUAAAUCAUAGAAAACUGAAGUGACAUAGUUAAACAUGAGCUGAAGACGAUAAAAGGAAGUUUGAUUCUAUCACUACUUAUGUUCAAACCCCCGAAAGAAAUCUAACAAUGGACUAAAACAUGGAAACAUGGUUUUUCGAUUAUUUCUGAAGUGCAUGUAAACGCAUCAUAGCUGAUUAUUACAUUUAUCUGAUUACUAACAGUUAUUGUUUUUUAAUAUGGUCGUGUAAACAGGCUGAAAAUGUUGGAUAAUCCAGUUCAAUAGAUGGAUGUCAGCCAUCUUAGAAAAUGAAGACAUUUGUCCUUAAAGCCUGAGGCGUGACUUUGUUAAAUAACGUAGAAAAUACUGAUGUUGUAAAUAUGAGAAGAUUUAAUAUUAGGAGAAUUAUCAAUCAUCACAUAAUGGGGAAGUUUAAGGAAAAAUGUUGAUUUGUGCAAAAAAAUAUGAAUAAAAAAUAAACAAUAUUGUCUCUGAGUUCUAAAUCUUAAAAUAAGUCGUUAUUUCCCCACAGACGUUAAUGUUCCAUCAGAUCCACAUUUGGACACCAUAUGGACAAGUACAGUCCAGUGGAGAAGUCCUGGUCCAACAUUCUGUUUGUUGGUUUAUUUAAGUUCUAAUGUCCACACAUAUACAUUUGUGUUUGUAUUUAGAUCUAAUCUGAUAAAUGUGAAGGAUGAACAGCAGGAAAAACUACAGUUUACUGGAAAAAACAGCUUCUAUGAACCACAGGGGUCAUAUUUAGUGUGACCUUUGACCUUAACAUGUCUAUAACCCUUUGGUUCAGACAAUAUGAGAUUUAUGGCAUUAAUGUACUGAUGUUUAAUAGAAAACAUUGACAAAAUGAGCCACUAACUGAAAAAAAAAAAAAAUCAACAUGAAACAAAAAUGAACAA